GGCCAAUGGCGACGGCGGACGGUCCCGCGGUCCAGCCGGGCCGGGGCCGCACUGCGCCGUCCCCCUGCCGCCGGCCCGCCCGCCACCCGCUCGACCGCCGCCGUCCCACCCGCCGCCGGCGCCGCCGCCCAGUGAUCGGGCCGCGGCGGCUCAGAGUGCGGCUGCGGCGGGCGCGGGUGGCGGCGGCGCCCGCCUGUCCGGCCUUCUUGGGACCUUCGCCUGCGCGCCUACCCGUGGGUGCGGGGACCCAGGCCCGCGGCCUCGCAGCCCCCCACGAUGAGGAAGCUGAGGCUCACAGAAGGAAAGUGAUACACCCACGACCUGAUCGCCUCGUAGGAACCAGGUGGACGGCCGCCAGGCCAUGUGGUGAGUCCGGGAGGCGCCCCGCCAGCAUGCCGUGGGACGCGCGGCGGCCAGGCGGUGGCGCCGACAGCGGCCCUGAGGGCGCAGGCGCGGCACGCUCGCGGUUGCAGAAGCAAUGCCGCAAGUCUUCAUUUGCCUUCUACCAAGCGGUGCGCGACCUGCUGCCAGUGUGGCUGCUAGAGGACAUGCGCGCCAGUGAGGCCUUCCACUGGGACGAGCGUGGGCGCGCCGCCGCCUACUCGCCUUCCGAGGCGCUGCUCUACGCGCUCGUGCACGACCACCAGGCGUACGCGCACUACCUGCUGGCCACCUUCCCGCGGCGCGCCCUCGCGCCACCCAGCGCCGGGUUCCGCUGCUGCGCCGCGCCGGGGCCGCACGUGGCGCUGGCGGUGCGCUACAACCGAGUGGGCAUCCUGCGCCACAUCCUGCGCACCCUCUGUGACUUCCCGCCCGAGGAGCGCACACGGGUGCUCGACCGGCGUGGCUGUAGCCGCGUGGAGGGCGGUGGCACGUCGCUGCAUGUGGCGUGUGAGCUGGUGCGCCCCGAGUGCCUCUUCCUGCUGCUUGGCCACGGCGCCUCUCCGGGCCUGCGUGACAGUGGUGGCCUCACACCGCUUGACCUGCUGCUGCGCCAGCUGGGCCACGACGUAGGGACCGCCCCUGCCAACGGGGCACCCAGCGAGCCUUGCCAGCGCCACUUGCUGCUUCUCGAUCUGCUGGCGCUGUACACGCCUGCAGGUGCCACAGGCCCUGCCCGCCUAGAGCUGCUGGGCGACCGGCCGCGCUGGCAGCGGCUGCUGGGUGAAGACAAGUUCCAGUGGCUGACGGGCCUUUCGCCACCCUCACUCUUCACACGCGCCAUGCAGGUGCUGGUCACCGCCAUCUCGCCUGGUCGCUUCCCAGAGGCCUUAGACGAGCUGCCGCUGCCACCCUUCCUGCAACCACUGGACCUCACGGGCAAGGGCUAGACCACAGGGCACCCUGGGCACUGGAUUUUUGGAGAAUACUAUUUUUCAGAGCGUUGUACCCAGCACUUUACAUACAUUGAUCUCUGUACAGCAGAAUCUGCCUAGUCUGUUGCAUGCCCUAGGGACUGGGCCGGGGUGGUCAGGUGGGCCCCAUGCUGCAGGUUUUCUGAUUCUAGCUGGGCUCGGCUCCCCACCUUCCAGCAGGGGGUGGGGAAUGAGGGCUCAUGUGACUCCUGAGAGCCAGCCCCUGUUCCCAGCUCACUGCUGGGUCCCUGAGGAGGGUGAGGACCAGCCUCCACCUUGAUCUUGGGGCAGCAGGAAGGUGUCCCAGAGAGACUGACAGCUGAGCUGAGCAGAAGGAAUUGGGGGCGGGGGUGUGGACUGACUCGUCCAAGCAGGCAGGGUAACGUGCAAAGGCCUGGAAACAGGGUUCCCCGGAGGUUCUAGGAGGUCCUCUGCACAGUCAGUACACAGGGCCUUGGAAACUCCCCUGUGGGGCUUGGACUCCAUCCAGAGGGCUGGAGGCGGGCAGGAAGACCUGCUGUGCUGGAGAGGGAGGCUUGACACAGGCUGGGCCUCUUGGUCCUCCCUCAUCCCAAAAUGGUCACCUGCCCUCCUAGGGUGUCACUGUGACGCUCUCACCCCUCCCAGAGCUGGUCUACCCAGCCCUGACUUGUCCCCAUCACCCUUUGCUCUCCCCCUACCAUUAGUAGGCACCUAGCCCUGGGCCUGGCUGCCCCCACCACUGCUGUGGGGGUACUGCCUCAGCUGGUUUCUGCAGGAAGGUUCUGAAGAUGGAGACUUGUUAAUGGAAGUUGCCACCAGGGCGACUUCCAUUGAUCCUUCCAGACAGAGACUGGCUGAAAAGCUGGGUCAAUGCCCUGAGGAGCCCUGGGACCAGGGAGGAUGGCCAGGCUGCCUUGCCUGGGAAUUCUGCUGGGCCAUGAAGUUCAACCCAUCCUGGCCUGGGCUGGACGGCCACAAUGUCCUGCCGGGAACAGAAGGCUAAAGGUCUGCUGGAUGGAGGGGACGCGUGGCUGGGGGCACCUACCGCCCACCCUCCCCCCAGCGGCCAUGAGGGGAGCAUGCCUGGGGGCCAGAGAGGCUUUGGGUGGUGGUGGAGUCCGGGGUGGCGAGCCAUAGCGGGGCGGCAGUGGGAGGAGCUUAGGCAGCAGGAAGAUCCUGCCUGAGACGCCUGGUUCUGGCCCGCACCCGCCACCUGCUUUCAGGGUGAUCUUAGCCAAGCUCCUGCCCUGGGUUUCAGUGUCCUCAUCUGUUUUCAAGGUAUUUCGGGCCAUCUCCAAGCUCCCUACUCAGAAAAGGAUGUUACCUGGGAAGUGUGGGUGGGUGCACAGCCCCAGUGGGCGGCGCGAGAGGAGGGGUACACAGCCCAGUAGCUGAUCCUAGGUUCCAAGGAGUGAGGGCUCCUCCCUGUGCUGUGUGUUCUGGGCCAGUUAAACGGCCUUUCUGAGCCCUGACACUCCGGGGCAGCUCCAGGUGCCCAUGCCACAGAUGCUGCUGUGGGAGGACGCACUUCCCGCGGAGGGGAUGGAGAGUGGAGCAGUGGCCUGGCGUGGCAGUGGCUCCUGGGGGUUGGGAACCCUUGACACCCUGCUAGCCCAGCAGCUUCUGCCCAGAGACCCCAGGCACCUGAUGGGACCUGGACGUUCCCCUCGUGCCCUCCCAGCCCGUUCUGUCCCCGGUGGGGCCUGCCCUCCCGACCCAGGGCUUGGCCCGCCCCCACUUCCUCUCUAGACCCACAGCUGUCCCUUUGGUGACAACCUCCUCUGAGUGCCUUGUGCUGGGGAAGGUGAUGCAGGGGCCCUGGCAGGCCCUGGGGGCCCCUCAGAACCUAUUGUCCGGCAAGCAGGAGGCACUGCUUCUGGGUGUGGGGCCGGAAUAGGCAGGAGGAACAUGGGCACCGCAGCAAGGGGGGGGGCCAGCCUGAGCACAGGUUUAGGGGACAGUCUGGGCCCAGCGGGGUGACUGGGUUUGGGAACCAAACUGGAAGUGGCUCUGGGGACUAGUCAGUAGCUGUGGGGACUGCCCCAUCAGCUGGGUGACUUUGGAGUCCAUCUGGUGGCUCCCUUGGCCCCUAUGCCUUGGAGGACUGGGAGGGCAGGAGGGUGUCGCUGGGCAUUCGCUCCUGACGUCCCUGCUGUUGGGGGCAGGGCCAGGUGGGGCCAGGAACUAAGGGCCUUCCCACUGCACAGAACCGCACAGGUGAGGAAACCGAGGCCAGGCCGGCAUCAGCCCUACGGCCCCAGGUCGGGACCCGACUCCUGGCACGGCUCCCACC